CAGAAGAAAUUUGAGGUUAAAAAGGUUAAAAAAAGACAGAGGGAGAGAAACAGAGACAGGAGCACAUUCGAAUGUUCGAUAACAACGGUUAAAUAUUUAUAUCGAGAUAACUCGAAUGUAACCAGAGAAAAUAAACAUUUCUCGUUCGUCUUAAAGUACGUUUGCUCUAGUUUCGUUAAUUGCAAAGUUUAUUAAGAAAACUAUAAAAGAGUACUUUACGAAGGUGAGCCUGCAGAUAUCUGUGUCAUUAAAUUUUUAACUAUAAUGACAAGCAAGUCCAAAGUUUUAACUACUUUCGUCCGCAAUUAUUCAAUGCCAAAACAUUGGCGUUCGGAUGCAGUAAGAUAUGAAAAAGUCUCGUAUUUUCCAAGAUCUCCGAAUCAUAAAGAUCCUCCAAUUAUACCAUCCAAGCUUUUAAUGGUUACAUUAGUAAAACCAUUUGCCGGCAAUCCUUAUUGGGAUAAAAAUAUACUUAAACAAUUGGGUAUUGCCGAGAAAGGAAGGGACCCUGUGGUAGUUAAAAAUAUUCCAGAGGUAUGCGCAAUGUUGUGGAAAGUAAAACAUCUUGUUAAGAUUAUUCCUGUUAAACUGCCGGACAAACUGCCUAAUCCGGACGACUUUGGUGGAAGUUAUCUGCAUCCGAACGGUACCUUCUACGUCGUUCCCAAAAUAGAUCCAUUGCGCGUAGAGAGCACAGAAAAAUUCGAAAAUAAUCCAAAAAAAUUAGAAAGUUCGAAAAUAAGCGAAAAGUUAAGAUUACAGUGGUUAAACGGUACCUUACCUUAACAUAAGAACAGAAAUAGAGGAAUUUGUAUCUUCUCUUGAAAGUUGUUCCGUAAACGGUACGUUAGGACCCAAUAAAGAUAAAGGAUGCGUGCCGCUUUA